UAACUACGUCACAGUAUUCGCGUGCCUUAUGCGACAGCGUUGACUGGUUGGUUCCUCCCUGAACGUCUACGGCCUCAACCAACUUCAGACAUCAUGGCGUCCAUUUCAAUGGCACCCGUUAAUAUCUUCAAGCAAGGGGCUGAUGAGGAGAAAGCGGAGACUGCCCGCAUGUCAUCCUUCAUCGGUGCCAUUGCCAUCGGUGAUCUAGUGAAGAGCACCCUGGGACCAAAAGGAAUGGACAAAAUCCUUCUUGGAGGUGGCAGAGAAGCCACUGUCACAGUAACCAACGAUGGGGCCACCAUUCUGAAAGCCAUUGGUGUGGACAACCCUGCUGCCAAAGUGCUGGUUGAUAUGUCCAAAGUCCAGGAUGAUGAGGUUGGAGAUGGUACCACAUCUGUUACAGUUCUUGCUGCUGAGCUGCUUCGGGAAGCUGAGGUCCUGAUUGCCAAGAAGAUCCACCCUCAGACGAUCAUCUGUGGCUGGCGAAAGGCCACUCAAGUUGCCCGUGAGGCACUGAAAGCGGCAGCAGUGGACCAUGGUAACGAACCAGCGAAGUUCCAGGAGGAUCUGUUGAACAUUUCCCGCACCACACUCUCCUCCAAGCUGCUGACCCACCACAAGGACCACUUUGCCAAGCUGGCUGUGGAGGCCGUGAUGAGGCUCAAGGGAUCCGGGAACCUGGAGGCCAUCCACAUCAUCAAGAAACUGGGGGGCAGCCUCACCGACUCCUACCUGGAUGAAGGUUUCUUGUUGGAUAAGAAAAUUGGCGUCAAUCAGCCCAAGAGGCUGGAGAAUGUCAACAUCCUCAUUGCCAACACAGGCAUGGACACAGACAAGAUCAAGAUCUUUGGCUCCCGGGUGCGUGUGGACUCCACGGCGAAGGUGGCUGAGAUCGAGCAGGCCGAGAAGGAGAAGAUGAAGGAGAAGGUGGAGCGCAUCCUCAAGCACGGCAUCAACUGCUUCAUCAACAGGCAACUGAUCUACAACUACCCAGAGCAGCUGUUUGCCGCAGCUGGAGUGAUGGCCAUCGAGCACGCAGACUUUACUGGGGUGGAGCGUCUGGCACUGGUCACAGGUGGCGAGAUCACCUCCACGUUCGACCAUCCUGAGCUGGUGAAGUUGGGCCACUGUAAGCUCAUCGAGGAGGUGAUGAUCGGAGAGGACACACUCAUUCACUUCUCCGGUGUUGCCAUGGGUGAGGCUUGCACCAUUGUGCUGCGCGGAGCCACCCAGCAGAUCCUGGACGAGGCAGAGCGCUCUCUGCACGACGCACUUUGUGUGCUCGCCCAGACGAUCAAGGAGACACGCACCGUGUUCGGUGGAGGCUGCUCUGAGAUGCUUAUGGCAAAGGUGGUGACUGAUCUGGCCAACAGAACGCCCGGCAAAGAAGCCGUCGCCAUGGAGUCUUUUGCCAAAGCCCUGAUGAUGCUGCCCACCAUUAUUGCAGACAACGCCGGCUAUGACAGUGCAGACCUGGUGUCCCAGCUUAGGGCGGCUCACGUAGAGAACAAAACCACCUAUGGCCUGGACAUGCAGAACGGCACCAUCGGAGACAUGUCCCAGCUGGGCGUCACUGAGAGCUUCCAGGUGAAAAGGCAGGUGCUGCUCAGCGCCGCCGAGGCAGCAGAGAUGAUCCUGCGUGUGGACAACAUCAUCAAAGCCGCGCCCAGGAAACGAGUACCAGACCACCACCCCUGUUAGGUGAAGAAGUGUGGAGUAUGAAGAGGACUAAAACCAUAAGGAUGAUCAGCACUCUGCAUAUUUAUUACCUCUGGGGUGCAGUGUGUGACAUCGGUCACCUGUGUCCGUGUGUGUGUGUGAUGUCAUUCACCUGUCUCGUUUAGUUUGAAAGCUCCGUAGUCGCAGAUUUUGUCACACGUUGAAUGCACUGUGGGAACCUGACCAUGUCACACCCUUGUCUGAAGCAGGAAGGCAGUUAUGGACUGUGUUUGUUUACUGAACAAUAAAAAUGUACUUGUGCUACCACA